CAUCACCUGUACCUACAACGAACCCUCUGACAAUCUGACCUGCGCUGUGUGUGUUGCUGGAAGAUACGGCCCCUACUGCACACCGUGCAACAGUAACUGUUUGAGAGACAUCGGAGACAUAUGUAUUCACAAUGGUACAUGCUUAGACGGAUGCAGACCCGGUUACAGGGGUGAUAAAUGUGAUGUAUCAUGUGAGGCUACAUUCGGUAUGGCGAACUGUGCCCAGUGUGACAGAUACCAAUUUACAUGCACUGUUUGCAAGCCCGGGUUUUGGGGUCCUAAAUGUCAAUUUUUGUGCGGCGUCAACUGUGUGGAGUUCGGUGGGGCAAGAUACUGCAAUAUAUCGGACGGCACAUGCAGAGACGGUUGUAUGCCUACCUACUUCAAGCAUGACUGCAGUGGCUCAUGUCCUAACUGUGCAAACAACGUUUGUCAUAGAACCACUGGUACCUGUUUGGACCCCAUCUGUGACAGCGGCUUUUUCGGAGAGACCUGUUACCAGUCCUGUCCUGCUAACUGCGGUUUGGAUCCAAAUGGCCUCGCUUACUGUGACUUCACUUCCGGAGAUUGCACGUAUGGCUGCCGGGACGGCUACUAUGGAGCGAAAUGCACGCUCGGAUGUUCCCAGUUCUGUAAAAGAAGCCCCGCAAAUACAGAGAAGGCGUGCAAUGUUGGUAAAUUUGGGACAUUCUGUAACGAAGACUGUCCCGGUGGCGUUCAAUGUAGGAAUCUAACCUGCAACCGCUACACCAGCACCUGCAUUGGGUGCGUUGUGUUAAAAUGGGGCGACAUUUGUAACCGCACGUGCCCCAACUGCGUGAACGGACUGUGUGAGCAGAGCACCGGCUUCUGUCAGCUAGGAUGCGUCAAUGGUUACUAUGGCGACAAUUGUAACUACAGAUGUGGCGACCGAUGCACGGUGUGUAACCGAGUGAAUGGGACCUGUGAUGUUUGCAACGUUAGUACAUUCGGUGACACGUGUCAGCGUAACUGUAGCGGCAACUGUGUUUCUGACCCUGGGCAGAGUUUUAUCACGUGCGCGAAAGAGAACGGUGACUGCACGAGCGGCGUGUGUAAGCCCGGGUUCUUUUCCCCACACUGUGCCCUAACAUGCAGUCCAACAUGUGCGGAGAGAGGCCCCGACAUGCAAGUGUGUAAAAUUGACACCGGGGACUGCCUGCAUGGAUGUGACGACGGAUUCUAUAAUCCCACGUGCGCGCAUCCGUGCAGUAAUACGUGCAGGAAUAAACGAUGCGUGAACGCUGGGAACAACUGCGUGGAUGGGUGUGUCGCUGAAUACUACAACUUUCCGACCUGUGACACGCCUUGUAAUUCAAAUUGUGUCAACUCCACGUGCGAUGACAUAGGUGGCGCCUGUAGUUACGGAUGUCGCGUCGGUUACUAUGGAAACCAAUGCCAGUUGACGUGUCUCUUGAACAACACGUGCGUUAACAACACGUGCGACAGAACGCUUGGGUAUUGCAGAGAAUGCGACCUCCCUAAACCCGGAUUCCAGUGCAGAGAGGCUGCAUGUGAUGUCGGUUUCUAUGGUAACACGCCCUGCCCAGGGGGUAGCAACUGCUCAGGAAGCACAUGUGAGCGAUACACGGCGAGGUGCAAAGGGUGUAUCAGCGGCCGUUAUGGCGACCACUGUGAGAGAACAUGCUCCAACUGUGCUAGUGGCGUCCGUGAUCAAACUUUCGGUGUUUGCCAAGGCGCAUGCGUGGACGGCUAUUUCGGGAAAAAGUGUGACACCCGUUGCGGCAAUCGAUGCACGCGCUGUGCGCAGUUUACUGGAGCGUGUCUGGUUUGCAAUGUCGGAGCUCACGGAACUUCUUGUGAAUUCAAUUGCAGUAACCAGUGCCUCCCGUUGUCGUCAGGUAUCAUUUCCUGUAACAAGGUGAACGGGUACUGUGACAGCGGCGCAUGCGUGCCAGGAUUAUAUCGACCCACGUGUACCUCGUCAUGCAGUUCGAAUUGUAAGGAUGACGUCUGCGAACUUCAGAGCGGAAACUGCACAAACGGUUGCAACGUCGGCUGGUUUGGAAGGUUCUGUGACGGUACAUGUAGCGCAAACUGCGUGAAUCGGAACUGCCUAGGUUCUGCUGAUAGCUGCCUGGAGGGAUGCGUGCCCGAAAUGUAUGGUCCCCAGUGCAACAUUCCGUGCAAUUCUAACUGUUCGACAGGCGUCUGUAAUAUCACCGGAUACUGCACCCGCGGAUGCCUUCCCGGGUGGAACGGCGACAUGUGCGACCGGAUGUGCAACGCCACGUGCACGGAUGGGCGGUGUAGCAGGACGCUGGGGCUUGUCCCGCCGGACUGA